GAGCUUCCGGGAGCGCGGCGUCUGCGCGAGGCGGCGCGGGCGGUGCUGGACUUCGACCCGCUCGAGGGCCCGGGCUUCCAGGGCUUCUACGAGCUCCUCCGCGGCCCCGAAGGCUGGCUGGAGCACACUCAGUACUGUCAGCCAGUGAUGUACAUCACCCAGCUCGCGGCUGUCGAGAAGCUUCGGGACAAGAGGCCCGCGGCCUUGGAGCGCUGCAAAGCCGUCGCGGGGCUCUCGCUCGGAGACUUCGCUGCGCUGACCUUCGCCGGGGUCUGGGACUUCGAAACCGGGUUGCGAGCUGUGCAGCUCCGAGGGGAGCUCAUGGAGGCGGCGAUGCUGGAGAGUCCCCAAGCAGCUCUAGCUGUGGCCGGCCUGAGUCAGGAGACCGUGGAAGGCCUCUGUGUCGAUUGCAGGAAGACUGGCGAGGUUUGCGAAAUUUCGCAGCGACUCUUCGCCGACGGUUUUCUUUGCGCGGGCUCUGAUGCAGCUGUUGAGCGUCUGCUCCAGCGUGCACGGAGCAGCAGGGGCUGCAAGCAGGUCCAGCCAGUGAAGCUGGCCGGGGCGUGCCACACGUCGAUGAUGGCGGAGGCCAGGAUGCAGAUGUUCGACUUCCUGCAAAGCUUCGCAGGGAAUCUGCAACCUCCCAGGAUCGACGUGUACCUGAGUUGCGGCACAAAGGUUGCAGCCGGCAGCUCUCCCGAUUGGGCUGCUCUCCUGGCGGAUCAGCUGACGCAGCCCGCAAACUGGAUUGACUCGGUGGUUGCCAUGCUCAAGGACGGCCUCGGCGAGUUCUACGAGUGCGGUCCGCUCAAUCAGUUGAAGGGCAUGAUGAAGAGAAUAGAUCCGAUGGCAUACAAGGCCACCAUCUCAUUGGACGUGUACAGUGAAGAGUGGCAGAUGCGGCCGGCAGGCAGUUUGCCCCCACGCUGGGCACCGUGGCUGCAUCAAGAGCUUACCGGCCGUUCAGCUCCAAGCCGGGCCUUUGAUGGCACAUGA